UUGUUCUUCAUCCACACCCUCACACAUCAUGUCCGCCAACGCUAAGGUGGAGGCGCCUGCCGCCGCCGCUGCUCCCCAGCUCAGUGGUCUCCAGCUGUACUCCAGAUUCGCCUUCGCUGGUGCUGUCUGCUGCUCCGUCACUCACGGAGCCCUCACUCCUGUCGAUGUCGUCAAGACCAGAAUGCAGCUUGACCCCGUCACCUACAACCGUGGUAUGAUCGGUGGCUUCAAGCAGGUCAUUGCCAACGAGGGUGCUGGCGCUCUCCUCACUGGUUUCGGUCCCACCGCCGCCGGUUACUUCCUCCAGGGUGCUUUCAAGUUCGGUGGUUACGAGUUCUUCAAGCAGCAGUGGAUCAACCAGCUCGGUUACGAGACUGCUUCCAACAACAGAACCGCUGUCUACCUUGCUUCCUCCGCCACCGCCGAAUUCUUCGCUGAUAUCGCUCUCUGCCCUCUUGAGGCCACCCGUAUCCGUCUUGUCUCCCAGCCUACCUUUGCUUCCGGUCUUCUGAGCGGUUUCGGUAAGAUCCUCAAGAACGAGGGUGUCGGUGCUUUCUACUCUGGUUUCGGUCCUAUCCUCUUCAAGCAGGUUCCUUACACCAUGGCCAAGUUCGUCGUCUUCGAGAAGGCUGCUGAGGCUAUCUACGGUUUCGUCGACAAGAACGCUGCUAGCGACGGUACUAAGACUGCUAUCAACCUUGGCUCUGGUCUCAUUGCCGGUUUCGCUGCUGCCCUCGUCUCCCAGCCCGCCGACACCAUGCUCUCCAAGAUCAACAAGACCCCUGGUGCUCCUGGUGAGGGUACUGUCACCCGUCUUAUUAAGAUCGGUAAGGAGCUCGGCUUCAAGGGCUCUUACGCCGGUAUCGGUGCUCGUCUCUUCAUGGUUGGUACUCUGACCGCCGGUCAGUUCGCCAUCUAUGGUGACAUCAAGCGUGUCCUCGGUGCCACCGGUGGUGUUGAGAUCUCCAAAUAGACGUGAAUUUGUGACUGCUUUGGUGUAUUAUAAUGCUCACUAGAUUUGCGUUGCGUAUACAUUGUUUUUCAAUAGAUUUUUCUGUUAGAAGAAGAGUCUUGGC